UGUUGAGUCAGCGGGCGAACCGUUACUCGACCGAUACAGCGGCGCUCUCACCGGGAACCGACCUCUACGAUCCCUCCACGCGGUCCUAUAGUAACUCCACUGCACAGUUCGUCUGUACCACAGGGUUGAAAUGUUACAUCUUCGGUCUACAGUAACACUCAAGGAGUUAUUCCAGACUCAGCUGAAGCGGCCGCUCACACGUAGGGUCGGCGUUAAAGCAGCACCUGCUCCCGCCGCCUGCUUCAGCAGCCUGAGUCCUGAUGGACGGUCACCGGGUAGAGGGCGGUUUUCUGGCUGGAGAGCCCCUCAGCACUUGGCCAGGAAGCACGCAUUGAGAGGCUUUUGCUCCAAUGACUCCACCGGCAAGGAUUCUUCAACAGAGAAGAGAAGAAAGGCAGGCAUCCUGCCCAGCCUGGAGGAUCUGCUGUUCUACACCAUCGCAGAGGGCCAAGAAAAAAUCCCUGCUCACAAAUUUACCACAGCUCUUAAGGCCACAGGUCUUCGCACGGGAGACCCCCGGCUGAAAGAAUGUAUGGAGAUGCUGAAGGUGACCUUGAAGACAACCUCAGACGGAGCGCUGGACCGACACCUCUUCAAAAAAUGUGUCCAGAGCAACAUCGUUCUGCUCACCCAGGCCUUCAGGAAGAAGUUUGUUAUUCCAGACUUCCAGUCCUUCUCUGCUCACAUCGACGAGCUGUACGAAAACGCCAAAAAAAUGUCUGGAGGGCAGGUGGCAGACUAUAUUCCCCAGCUGGCACGCUUCAGCCCAGACCUGUGGGCCGUCGCCCUGUGCACAGUCGACGGACAGAGGCACACGGUCGGCGACACCAAAGUUCCCUUCUGCCUGCAGUCCUGCGUGAAGCCGCUGAAAUACGCCAUCGCCGUUCACGACCACGGCACCGAGUACGUACAUCGCUUCAUCGGCAAAGAGCCCAGCGGCCUGCGCUUCAACAAGCUCUUCCUGAACGAGGACGAUAAACCACACAACCCCAUGGUUAAUGCUGGUGCUAUUGUCUGCACCUCCCUCAUUAAGCAAGGGGCAAGCAACGCUGAGAAAUUUGAUUAUGUCAUGAACUUCAUGAACAAGCUGGCAGGAAACGAGUAUGUGGGCUUCAGCAAUGCCACUUUCCAGUCAGAGCGUGAGUCUGGAGACAGAAACUUCGCCAUUGGCUACUACCUGAAGGAGAAGAAGUGUUUUCCAGAGGGGACGGACAUGACGUCCAUCCUGGACUUCUACUUCCAGUUGUGCUCCAUCGAGGUGACCUGUGAGAGUGCCAGCGUUAUGGCGGCAACUCUGGCCAACGGCGGUUUCUGUCCAAUCACGGGCGAGCGUGUGCUGAGCCCUGAGUCUGUGCGAAACACCCUGAGUCUGAUGCACUCCUGCGGCAUGUAUGACUUCUCGGGACAGUUCGCUUUUCACGUUGGUCUGCCGGCUAAAUCGGGUGUGGCUGGCGGGAUCCUGCUGGUCGUUCCCAACGUGAUGGGCAUCAUGUGUUGGUCUCCUCCGCUCGACAAGCUGGGCAACAGCGUCAGAGGCAUCCAGUUCUGCACGGAUUUGGUUUCCCUGUGUAACUUCCACAACUACGACAACCUGAGGCACUUUGCAAAGAAGCUGGAUCCUCGCAGGGAGGGAGGAGACCAGAGGGUGAAGUCUGUGAUCAACCUGCUGUUUGCUGCUUACACAGGAGACGUGUCAGCUCUCAGGAGGUUUGCGCUGUCCUCCAUGGACAUGGAGCAGAGGGACUACGACUCGAGGACAGCGCUGCAUGUGGCCGCCGCUGAAGGACAUGCUGAGGUGGUCCGCUUCCUGCUGGAGGCCUGCAAGGUCAACCCAGUUCCCAAAGACAGGUGGGGGAACACGCCGAUGGAUGAGGCCGUGCACUUCGGCCACCAUGACGUCGUCACCAUCCUCCGCGAUUACCACAAUCAGUACACCCAUCAGGAAGGCAGCACGGCCAAGAAGAACGAAGAGAACCUGGACGGGAUGCUGUGAUGGAGAAUGCGCUGCUCAGGCGUGUGAGGCCGGGCGCUUGCCUCCGCCGGCGAGGGGAAGAGAUCAGGCGGUGCUUUAGACAAAAAACUGGAAAGAUCGUAAGUAGACUCAUCACUGAAAUAACUGAAAACAAACCUUUACAGUAUCUGUUAGCGCAGCAGCCGCCUCCCUCCGAGUGUAAAUGCUCGUCAUCGUGUUCUCUUUAGGUGUUGUUGGGUUUUUGUAUCGCGUGUGUGUACUCUGAGUGUGGAAGUACUCUUAUUUUCCGUGUUUCAGCUUUUACGUUGACGGUUCUUUUUAUUCUGAACAUCAGCAACAGGAAGCAGCAGCAGUAUAAAACCUUUGUUAUCGAAUGUAACUCCUCCCCCCCAAACACUUUUUGAUGUGCGUUUGUGAUAAUCGAUGUAAGAUAAACUGUACAUUACUGUAGUGUUUGUGUAUAUUAACCGAGGACGGCGAGUCUCUGUAAAUAGGUGUAAAAAUGUGUAGUCGAUUGGUCUCGUGUGGUGAUGGGUUCAGAUUUGAUGACAGUGUGUGUUUCAGUCAAACUUUUGGAUAGUAUUUGAACCAUGAAAUUAUCAUUCUUAUUUUUUUUGGUAAGCAGCUUUUUAAUGUGGCGACAGAUGAAUUAAAAGAUUUUUUGUUUUUAUUGUUGUUGUUUUUCCACUAAAACUGGAAUUUUCACCCUUCUUUUCUUUUAUUUACUUUAUUUCUGGUUUAUUAUUUUUGUAAAGUGGUAAUAACGUAAAGCAAGCCAGCCAAAGUUCAGUUCGUACUUCGUCUCCUGACCAUUGAAAGCGUUUCUGCAUAUCAGACGCGACACUGCCAGGGCUCCUGCAGGGAGAGUGAAUGACUGUAAACAUGCAAGAAAAUGUUUUUCUUACACUUUGUCUUAGUUUAAAGAAGUCACAGCAGAAAAUGGAUGCACUCAGCAAUGGAGAUAUUUCAAUACUUUUAUUUUGAAAGUCUGUCUAGUGUAUUUCAGUAUGUGGCAUAAACAGUGAGUUGAUUGGUCCCUGUGAGUUGCUUUAAAGCAGCGGUCUCCAACCUUUUUUGCGCC